AUGCAGCAUGUGUUCGGCUCGAGUUACGGCCACCCAUUCAUCGGUCAUUAUGAGCCACCUCAGUGCGACUUUAACUUUGUUCGAAUAAACCUCACGGUUACGUCCAGAGGCCGGCAGUUCGACCGACUGGCACUCAUGUACCUGGGAGAUAGUGAAGUAUUUCGUACUUCAACAGCAGAGCCUACUACUGACGGAAUUGUUUGGACCUACAUUAAGGACAUGUCACAUUACCGAUCAUUAUGGAAGGAGCAACAAAAGCUGGUUUUUGACCUUGGGAACUUAAUUAAUGAUGUCUACACGGCUUCCUUCACCGUGACCCUGACUGCGCUCUUUUCGCAUGGUGAUCAAGUCAAAACUGCGGACAGGAUCCUUCCAAUAUCGGCUAUGAGGUCAUCUCGCAAUUCCUCGAGCGCUUUUACUGUUCCUACAGAGAAAGCAAAAAUACAACAUAAGAUUCCUCCUACAGCGUCGCGCGCUGUUGUGUCUAUCUCAGCAUGCGGUCAAUCAACGGAGGAGUUUUGGUGGUCCAAUGUGCUUUCUUCAGAUAUAGGAACAUUCAAUAGCACAGUGGGGGAGCUAUACGGCUAUUCCCCCUUUCGUGAGAUACAGCUUUAUAUCGAUGGCGUCCUUGCUGGCGUUGUCUGGCCAUUUCCUGUCAUUUUUACAGGUGGCGUGGUGCCCGGAUUCUGGCGCCCAAUUGUCGGAAUCGACACCUUCGAUCUUCGUGAACCUGAAAUUGACAUCUCUCCGUUCCUUCCUCAGCUCACAGAUGGCCAACUCCAUUCGUUUGAAAUAAAAGUCGUAGGCCUCGAUGUCUUCGAUGAGUUGGCUUCAUUUUCUGAUACAGUUGGCUCAUACUGGGUAGUCACCGGUAAUAUCUUUCUCUACUUGGACGCCUCUGGGAAAUCACCGCGCUCCAGCCGUUUUAACCGACGAGGGCUUUCUAUUAUUGCGCCCACACCCCACUUCACGGUCACACGAGACCUUAUAAAGAACCAAAAUGGGGGGAAUGAAACCCUCUUGUACUCGGUCACUGCUGAAAGGACCCUCCUUAUCACGUCACAUGAAUUUUCAUGGAAUCAAACUUUAUCAUACUCUAAUUUCGGCGUGUUCCAGGAUAGGGGUAUAACUCAGGCAAAUAGGCAGCAAACCUCGGGGAGUACUUCUAUCACACUUCUUGGACUCAAUAAAACACCAGACCAGAUAACCUUCGGAUAUCCCUUAUAUGUCAAUUCUACCACCAGAGUCACGGGGGAAGGGCAGACAAUUGACGCCCGAAUGCGUAGGGGUCUCUACAUCGAAGCGACAGACGUCACUGGAAUCUCCACUUACACUCUCACUUCGGGGCCUUCACGCUUGCACACCGAGCAAUGGGGGAGUGCAUUUUACCAAUCCAAGAACGACAGCUCAGUUUCUUUUGGUGAUACUACUGAUGUUUUCGAGAGCACUAAUAUUAGGGGGUCAUACCGAAGGACUGUUCACGCAGCCGAAAUAUCCUAUCCAAAUCCUGUGCCUUAUAAUUUGGCCGCUGCGUUUGCGCCAAGUGGUGCGCUCGAGACCGAAGGCCCUCCGGGCAAACGUCGUAAAUUGACCUCUGGCUUCCAGAGUCUUCGUACCCUGAACGGCGUGGGGGAGACACAGAUUCCGUUGGGUUAUAUUCCUCUGGCCCGCUUGAAUUUGUACCUGAAUUUCGCAAAGGAAAAAUGGAAGCCAAAUGGAUCCAGUAGCCUUUUUAGCACUGCAUCUUCUUUGCCUGUCCUAAUACAGACGGCUACAAACAUUGACGCCCCGACUCACUGUGUGACCGGCCUGGGGAAUGAUUGCUUCAAACUCGAGCUAGUCACCACAUCGGGCCGGAAUUUUAUCUUCGAGGAAGGGUUUACUAGUCCUCAUUUAUUUGACCUGGGUAAACAUUUGUCUCUUACCCAGGGUCUCGUUUGCGCCGACAGGUACUCCAGGAAGAUCCCCUCCGUCUGUUACCAGUCUACUCUUUAUCGCUCAGAUGAUACAAGCAGAUUUCAUCUUGAAACGGUUAUCUUAUGGAAGGACUCGUUAGUCAUAGUAGAUCCCAGCCAAUUAGCGGGUGGGCCGUUGAAAGUAUUCUCCAGGUACGUUCUUCAGGAGCGAGACGAUGCCUCAGAGUAUACGGGCCAGCGAUGGAAGAGUCAGCGAGGGGGCCAUGAACUCGGUUGGUCCCCCCGUGAUUUCUAUGACAACGUCUACGUCCCCCCAGAUACUCCAACUUCAUCAGCAGCAAUAAAGUGCGACUUACUCGAGUGUCAACUCUUUCCGUUUCAGAGGAGGGCAGUUAGAUGGCUUUUGCAGAAAGAGGGCAUGGAGCUUCAGCAAGACGGGCAAGUGGUUCCUAUUACAAGCCAGCCGCAGGAUCAGCUACCAGUGUCUUUCCAGAAAAUUAUUGAUGCAGAUGGACAGCCCUGCUUUGCCAGUAACCUCUUUAUGAUAGUCACGAAGGACAUGUCAAAAUGGUUUGAUGCAGGCGUCCAACUUAAAGGAGGGAUUCUCGCCGAGGAAAUGGGACUGGGAAAGACCGUUGAAAUGAUCGGGUUGAUGUGUCUUAAUCGCCGCUUGUUCUCACCUGAGGAAACAUUCCCAGUCAGUGGCAAUGGUGGAUUGAGACCAUCGGGUGCAACAUUGAUCAUAACUCCGCCUGCGAUCCUAGAGCAAUGGGAACAGGAGAUCGGGGCGCAUGCACCCGGCCUUAGUGUCUUUAACUAUACCGGCAUCCAACGUCAUUCAACACUUUCUGACCAGGAACUCGUAGAGAUGAUCGCAGAUUAUGAUGUGGUUCUUACUACCUACAACGUGCUUGCUCGAGAGGUACACUAUUCCGGCGAUGCUCCGAAGAGGAAUCUGCGACACGAGAAAAGGUUCGAACCGAGGAAGACUCCACUAGUCCAGAUCUCAUGGUGGAGGGUAUGUCUUGAUGAAGCCCAGAUGAUUGAAAGCGGUGUUAGCAACUCAGCAAAAGUUGCUCGGCUGAUUCCUCGUCGAAAUGCCUGGGCCGUGACCGGGACACCGCUUCGCAAAGAUAUCAAGGAUCUCCUCGGCCUCCUUCUUUUUCUACAUUAUGAGCCGUUUUCCGGAUUUGUUUGGAAUAGACUGUGUAGCAGCUUUAGGCCUGUGCUGGCACGCAUUGUUAACGCUAUUUCUCUACGACACAGCAAAGACCGCAUUCGUAAUGAACUUCAUCUACCGCCCCAAAAACGAGUUGUCAUUACGAUUCCUUUUACUGCAGUCGAAGAGCAGCGCUAUGGACAACUUUUUGAAAAAAUGUGCGAGGACUGCGGCCUUGAUUUGUCUGGGGCACCACUCAAUGAUGAUUGGAACCCUGAGAGUCUUGCUGUCAUCGAAAAGAUGCGGAGCUGGUUAGUCAGGCUUCGUCAGACUUGCCUUCAUCCUGCUGAAAACACUCGUCGGGCAUUUGGCAUUUCUAACGGACCCCUACGGUCUGUGGCUGAAGUACUUGAAGUAAUGAUUGAUCAAAACGACGUCCUUAUUCAUGCAGAUGAGCGGUCGCUUCUUUUGUCUCAGCUUCGACGUGGACAACUUCUAGAGAAUGCCAUGCACCGGCAACAAGCACUCGAUCUUUGGAAAGUUUCAUUGGAGCAUGCAAGUGAAAUUGUCAAGGAAUGUCGAGACCGAUUACACGCAGAAAGGUUGAAGAACUGGGGCAGUUCCGGCGACAUGGUUCAGGGUGCAAUGGCAGCAGAUCCGGAAAGCGACGAUGAAGGUGAAGAAACAGACAAGAAUACUCGAGUGGGCGCCUACCGUCAGAGGUUAAGGUCCGCUCUUGAGAUUCAACACAUCUGCGUGUUUUUUACCGGAAAUGCGUAUUAUCAAAUAAAAACAGACCCCAAACUUACCACCCCCGAUAGUGAGGAAUUCAAAUCUUUAGAAAAGCGUGAAGAAGAAGCGUAUGAAGCAGCCAAGUUGAUACGAAAGGAGAUGCUGAACGAUAUUUCCGAAAAGGUUGGCCGCUAUAUGAAAAUUAUCAAGGGGAAGUCCCUAAAUGGGCAACUUGUGGAUAUUCCAAAAAUGAGACCCGAGCUCUAUGCCCGAGGGCUGGAAGCUCGUCGUGUUUUUGACAAGCUCGAGGAUUUUUGUGAAUCUAUGAACCAACAUGCUGAACAAUAUGAAGCAUGGCGCCAAAUCAUGGUCAAAUUACUUUUGCAGCCACUGAUUGACCAGGAAGACGAGAAUGAGCUUGAAGGCGACGAAUAUGAAAAAUCCACAAAGCAUCAAGAUGAAAUGUAUGUCUAUAUGGAAGCGCUGCGCGCAAUGUUCGCUGAUCGCCAUGACGCCCUGACGGGGCAAAAAAAUGUCCUCAUCGCACACGAGGUCAAGAGUGGAUUAAUACAAGCCCAGAAAGGGGAAGGCCCUUCCCCAAAGCUGUUCCUCGAGAUUAUGGACACUCGUAGUAAUACUAAACCCGAUCCUCAACUGGGCUCACUUCGUGGCAUUAUCAGUGAGCUCCGCAGCCUCACAACUUCUCUGGAGUGGCAGGCCGGCGGAGGAAGCUCGCGAGCCCAGUCCGAACUUGAAAUUGCUGAGCUGGUUCUCCAGAACGCCAGCCGCAUGGCUUCUGAGCAAGGGAAAGUCGCAUUGAAUUUAGAGAGGGAGGUGGAAAUGUUCCGGGACACCAUGAAUAAUCGCCUUGAAUAUUACCGCCAGUUGCAACAGAUCUCUGAUACCGUGGCUCCCUAUGAUGAAGAGAGCGCUGGCAAACCUUUAGAUGAGACGCUGUUUGCUGAAAAGCUUAAGCAGGAGGACGCCAUAGACGAGAAAAUCUCCUCCUUGAAGGCAAAGCGUCGUUAUCUCAUCCAUCUACGUGAUGAAUCUGGUUCCGAUGACUUCUCAAAAAUAUGUGUUAUAUGUCAAUCAGGCUUCGACGUAGGCGUCCUAACCGUUUGCGGUCACAAAUACUGCAAGGAUUGUUUGCGCUUGUGGUGGCAUCAACAUCGAACUUGCCCCACAUGCAAAAAACGAUUGAAAGCGAAUGAUUUCUAUCAGAUCACCUACAAACCGCAGGAGUUCGUUGUACAGGAGGAGAAAACACCUACUAAAAGCGAAAAUCGCCCGUCAAAGAAUUUCAUUUAUACCGAUAUAGGUUCCGGAACCCUUAGAGAGAUUAGGAAUAUUGACUUGGAUUGUUCUUUUGGGACCAAAAUUGAUACUCUAUCACGUCACAUUAUGUGGCUACGGGAGCAUGAUCCUGGCGCGAAGUCGGUUGUUUUCUCUCAGUACAAGUACUUUCUAGAGAUCCUGAGUACUGCCUUUUCUCGAUUCAAAAUCGGCUAUAGCAGUGUCGACAGUAAGGAUGGCAUACAUAUCUUCAAAAGUGACCCGUCGGUCGAGUGCUUUCUCCUACAUGCUAAGGCGCACUCUUCAGGUCUCAAUUUAGUCAAUGCAACUCAUGUCUUUCUCUGUGAGCCUCUUAUUAACACCGCAAUCGAGCUCCAAGCCAUUGCUCGAGUACAUCGAAUCGGGCAACACCUCCCAACAACAGUGUGGAUGUAUCUCGUCAACGACACUGUAGAGGAAUCAAUCUAUGAUCUCUCUGUGUCACGCCGUUUGAACCACAUUGUCCAGAAAGAAAAGGAGUCUGCCAAAAUCUCUGAUGACGAAGCCGUAGUCAAUAAACUGACCGAAACAGCCAUUGACUCAGCAAAUUCGUUGGAAGUGCAAGACGCAGCACUAGCCAAGCUAAUGACGAGCGGUGCUUCGGGCGGUGAGCUCGUUAAAAAGGAUGAUCUAUGGCAGUGUCUUUUUGGCAACCCGAGCCAAGAAAAGGUAUAUGGCCAUUCUGCGGAUGCCGGGCAAGAGGUGGCAAGAUUCUUGAGGGGGGAAGCAGCAGAACAGAGAAGAACGGACACUGGGGAGUUGCAAUACUGA